AUGGCUUCUACUACCAAUGAUACAGAUUUUGCAUAUUUGGAACAUGUUCAAAAAUACCUUCUUUAUGAUGAUUCCAGCUUUCUAACAUCUUAUCAACCUUUUUCAAGCCCUAAAAGUGACAGUGAUUCAGACAAAUCUGCAGGGGCUUGUGAGGUAAGCGCACCUCCGGUGUCAUGGAAGCGGUACAAGGGAGUUAGACGUAGGCCGUGGGGGAAGUUUGCGGCAGAGAUCAGAGAUCCAAAAAAGAAUGGCGCUAGGGUUUGGUUAGGAACUUAUUUGACCGAGGAGGAAGCAGCUUUGGCUUACGACAAAGCUGCUUUCAAGAUGCGUGGCCAAAAAGCCAAGGUUAAUUUUCCUCACCUUAUUGGCAACGACGUGUCUAAGUCGGAGCCAAAGAGGGAGGUGGUUUUGAAACGGGAUUCACCCGAACCAUCUUCAUCAGAGGGGAGUUGUGAGUUAUCUUCACCGGGGUCAAAGAGGAGGAGGGGUAUGGCUGACCUACUUAACAAAUUAGCCAAGAAUAGAAGUCAAGUUAUGGUGGUUGAGAAUGAGAAGUCCUUACAAGCAAAUGAUUUUGAGCAAUGGGUGAAUGAGUUGAAUGAUUGCACUCUAAUCUGGAGCUCCUAG